GAGCGGUCUCUCGGAGGGAGCUCAUGUCAAGGUCCCUCCCCUCCUCGUCUUCCUCCUCCUCCUCCUCCAGGGCCUCCAGGUGGCGUUCCUUGGGGCUGGAUGAUGCAGAGCCGAGAUGGAAGUGGGAGGGUGCCAAGGGCCAGGUCUCCUGCCAGGGCCCAGUGGCCUCUUGGGGCAGGAGGACCUACAAAGAGCCGCCCUCCGAGUGCAGGGACAUGGUGGUCCAGAACGCCCUCUACACGGGGGACCUGGCUGGGGUGCAGAGGCACUUCUCAGAGCGCGCCGAGGUCAACUUGGUCAUCCACGCCAAGAGCCAAGAUCUGCGCUGGACCAGCCAGAAAUGGGGGCUUUGGUCGCUGACCUACGAGCAGGAGCUGACCACUCCGCUGCACAUCACGGCCAGCCGCGGCUACCUGGAGUGCCUGCGCCACCUGCUGCUCCGCGGGGCGGACGUGGACCUGGCGCCGGGCGGGCGGACUGCGCUGCACGAGGCGUGCGCGGCGGCUACGACGGACUGCGUGCGGCUCCUGCUCUCCUUCGGCGCUGACCCCCUGGCCGUCUCGGAAGGAGGCCUCCAGCCGCUUCACCUGUGCCGGAGCCCCGCCUCCCUCGAGUGCGCUCGGCUGCUGCUGUGCCACGGCGCCCGGGUGAACUGCGUCUCGGAAGAGGAGGAGGACACGCCGCUGCACCUGGCGGCGCGGCUGGGCCUGGCGGACCACGUGCGCCUCUUCCUGAGCUACGGCGCCAGCCUGGAGGCGCGCAACGCCGAGGGGCAGACCCCGCUGAACGCCGCCUGCGCCCAGGCGCACCCUCCGGAGGCGCUGGGCGACUGCUACGAGGUGUGCCGGCAGCUGGUGGAGGCAGGCGCGAGCGUGGACGCCCCCGACGCGGACCGGCAGCGGCCGCUGCACCAGGCCUGCAAGGCCGCCAACCCCCGCGUGGUGGCGCUGCUCCUCGACCGCGGCGCCAGCGUCAACAUCAUGAGCUACAGCGGCAACACGGCGCUGCACAACAUCCUACAGGUGGCCGCCUACAAGCUGGAGCACCGGCCCGAACUGGUGGUGCGAGACCUGCUCAACCACGGCGCCGUCCGCGUCUGGCCCGGAGCCCUCCUCAAGGUCUUGCGCCACUGCUGCGCCUCCCCGCGCACUAUCGAGGCCCUGAUCAACUGUUACCAGCGCGUGCCCGUCACGGAGGAGUGGGCCGAGGCUGUGCCCGCUGAGCUGGUGCAGCAACACCCGCGCCUCUUCCAGUCGCUCUUCGCCCUGGGCCAGAGUCCGCGCUCCCUGCAGCACUUGGCGCGCUGCGCAAUCCGGAACCACCUCGAGGACCGCCUGAUCCGCGCCCUGCCGGAGCUGCCCCUGCCGUCGGCCUUGCGCGACUUCGUGCUGCUCCGCUUCGAAGACGUCCUGUACUAGGCGGGGAGAGGGGCUGGCUGGCUCGCUUCCGGAAGUCAAGAGGCGGGGGCAGGCGCAGUCCGAGGUGCGCAGCAGCUGAAGCCUCGGGGUGGGUCAGUGGGUGGGACUGGAGUCCGCUCCCCCAGUGCAA